CGUCAUCGACUUAUCGAGAAGUCUACUGAAAGUCGAAUCGCAAAAGCCUGUAAUGGCGUCCAGACGUUAGACGCUAGUAACAGCUGUUCGCUUAUAGCAAACACUGUGUGUACGUCAAAGCAGAAUUUAUAUAUUUAUAUCAGAUAUUCAUUUCGUGAAGUGAAUGGUAUAAAUAAUAAAUUCGGAGAAAUUAACUUCAUCGCAUAUAUACAAUGAAAUAAACGAAACGAAUGUGCUUGAAGCAUUAUAGGUUAUAGCAUUGUAUUUUUCAUGCUUUUUUGUGUUGUGUGUUUAUAGAAAUUAAUUGAGAAACUAGAAAUUAUAAUAAUGUCAAGCAGAAACGAAAGUAAAGGGCCAAUUCCACCACGGUGGCUUCAUUGUCCACGGAAAGCAGUGAAAUUGAUUCAGAAUAAAUUUCUGGCAUUCAAAACUCCUUUGUCAUCUGCAUUUGACAGCCAAGUGCCAGAAGAAUGCCGUUUCACAGUGGACAUGUUAUUCGCAUCGUUGAAGAGCCAGAAAAUAAAGCUAGGCCUAUGGAUUGACUUAACCAACACCACGAGAUUCUACGACAAGAAAAACUUAGAAGCUUAUGGUUGCAAGUAUUUGAAGUUGCCAUGCAGAGGUCAUGGUGAAACCCCGUCUGAGGAACAGACCAGAACUUUUAUACGAGUUUGUAAGAAUUUUAUAUCAUACAACCCGUUGGAGGUUAUCGGUGUUCAUUGCACACAUGGUUUCAAUAGAACUGGCUUCCUUAUAAUUAGUUAUUUAGUAGAAACUGAUGGAACUAGUGUUGAUGCCGGUUUAGUAGAAUUCGCCGCUGCAAGGCCACCAGGCAUAUAUAAAGCUGACUAUAUUCAAGAACUCUUCCGAAGAUAUGACGAUGUAGAGGAUGCGCCUGAUCCUGCACCUAGACCAGCUUGGUGUUUGGAAUAUGAUGACUCGAAUUUAGAAGAUACGGAUGAAGGAACUAGUACAGACAGUGAUAAUUAUAAUCAAGAUGUACCUAAUAAGAAGAGAAAGCGUGAAUUUAACAACAAGAAUCCAGUGUUUAUGGCUGGUAUACCCGGAGUAACUCCUGUUUUGGAGGAUAGAAAAUUAGGCGGUAUACAGAGGUGUGUUCAAGAUAUUUGUUCUUGGAAAUCAAAUGGAUUUCCAGGUUCCCAACCAAUUUCUAUGGAUGAAGAUAAUAUUAGGCUGUUACACGAGAAACCUUAUAGAGUUUCAUGGAAAGCUGAUGGGACCAGGUAUAUGAUGAUGAUUCAAGCAGAUGGGGAAAUUUAUUUUGUAGAUAGAGAUAAUAGCGUAUUUCAAGUUAAUGGAAUGACUUUCCCACAUCCAAGAGACAUAUCUAGAACUCUCAGAGAUACACUGUUGGAUGGUGAAAUGGUAAUUGAUAAGGCAGAUGGUAAAGAAUAUCCAAGAUACUUAGUUUAUGAUGUAGUGAUGUAUGAUGGUAAAGAUGUUAGCAAAUUACCAUUCUAUCCUGAUCGUUUUUGUAUCAUUGAGCAGAAAAUUGUAGCUGGCAGACAUAGAGCAAUGAAAGAAGGAAAAUUGAGAAAAGAAAUCGAACCUUUUUCAGUUCGAUUAAAACAAUUUUGGGAUAUAACACAAGCAGCUAAUUUAUUGAGUGAUAAAUUUGCUAAACAACUGGGUCAUGAACCUGAUGGUUUAAUAUUUCAACCUGCUAAAGAACCUUAUUGCCCAGGACCUUCAUCAGACGUUUUAAAAUGGAAACCCUUAUCGCAGAAUUCUGUUGAUUUUAGAUUAAAGAUAAUCACAGAAUCUGGAGAGGGAAUUCUUCCAAAAAAAGUUGGAUAUCUGUAUGUAGGCGGUAUGAAAGAGCCCUUUGAUAAAAUGAAAGUGACUAAACAAAUAAAAGAAUUAAAUAAUGCAAUAAUUGAAUGUAAAUUUGAGAAUGGUCAGUGGGUGUUCAUGCGUGAAAGAACUGAUAAAUCAUUUCCUAAUUCAUACAAUACAGCUCAAUCUGUAUGCAAAAGUAUUAUAAAACCCAUAACCACUGAUCGUCUCUUAGAUUAUAUUAAUAGGCAUCGAUUUUUGCAAGAUGAUUCUGAUCUUAUGCCACCACCACGUAAAAGACGUUUGAAUUGAUUGUUCGUAGCUUAUUAUGUAAUUUAAGAUAACUAAUUAUGUAAUUUAAGAUAACAUAUUAUGUAAUUUAAAAUAACUAAUGUAUUUAAUUAAGUCUAAGAUAUAGAAGAUAAGUAGGUUUAUUGUGAGAUUUUGAUUGAUUUACAAAACUUAAAACUUGUAUCUAUCCUAUUGGACUCCAUGAAAUUUAUUUCAUUUGCUGUAAAAUUGUAAGAAUUUUAAAUUGUUCGCUCAAUACAGAAACUUUAUAAUAAAU